CCCCGAUGCCGAGGCAUGGAUAGAGCGGCGCUGCGCGCGGCGGCGAUGGGGGAGAAGAAGGAGGGCGGCGGCGGCGGGGGGGACGCGGCGGGCGCGGAUGGGGGCGCCGGGGCCGCGGCCAGCCGAGCGCUGCAGCAGUGCGGGCAGCUCCAGAAGCUCAUCGACAUCUCCAUCGGCAGCCUGCGCGGGCUGCGCACCAAGUGCGCCGUGUCCAACGACCUCACCCAGCAGGAGAUCCGGACCCUGGAGGCGAAGCUGCUCCGGUAUAUCUGCAAGCAGUGUCAGUGCAAGCUGAGUGUGGCCCCGGGCGAGAGGACCUCGGAGCUCGACAGUUACCCUCGCUUCAGCGACUGGCUGUACACCUUCAACGUGAGGCCGGAGGUGGUGCAGGAGAUCCUCCGCGAGCUCACGCUAGAUGCCCUGCUGGACAUGAACGAGGCCAAGGUGAAGGAGACGCUCCGGCGCUGCGGGGCCAGCGCCGAGGAGUGUGGUCGCCUGCAGUACGCCCUCACCUGCCUGCGGAAGGUGACAGGCCUGGGCGGGGAGCACAAAGAGGACUCAGGCUGGAGUUCGUCUGAUGCCCGGCGGGAAAGUGGCUCCGGGCCUCCCGCAGACACCCUUUCGCCAGCCAGCCUGCCCUGGCCUCCGGGGAGCUCCCAGCUGGGCAGACUGGGCAGCAGUGCCCAGGGCCCACGCUCCAUCUCCGUGUCCGCUCUGCCCGCCUCGGACUCCCCAAACCCCGGCCCCGGUGAGGGCCUGUCGGACCCCUUUAUCUCCCUGCACGCCAGUGGCCGGUUGACCCCCCGUGCCCUGCCCAGCUUCAUCACCCCGCCAACCACGCCCCAGCUCCGACGGCACACCAAGCUGAAGCCGCCCAGGACGCCGCCCCCGCCCAGCCGCAAGGUCUUCCAGCUGCUGCCCAGCUUCCCCACGCUCACCCGGAGCAAGUCCCACGAGUCUCAGCUGGGGAACCGCAUUGACGAGGUCUCCCCGAUGAGGUUUGAUCUCCCUCACGGAUCCCCGCAGAUGGUACGAAGGGACAUCGGGCUCUCCGUGACACACAGGUUCUCCACCAAGUCCUGGCUGUCGCAGGUCUGCCACGUGUGCCAGAAGAGCAUGAUGUUUGGAGUGAAGUGCAAGCAUUGCAGGUUGAAGUGUCAUAACAAGUGUACAAAAGAAGCCCCUGCCUGUAGAAUAUCCUUCCUUCCACUACCCAAGCUUCGGAGGACAGAAUCCGUGCCCUCGGACAUCAACAAUCCGGUGGACAGAGCCGCUGAACCCCACUUUGGAACCCUCCCCAAAGCACUGACAAAGAAGGAGCACCCUCCAGCCGUGAACCACCUGGACUCCAGCAGCAACCCGUCCUCCACUACGUCCUCCACGCCCUCCUCGCCUGCGCCCUUCCCAGCGUCGUCCAACCCAUCCAGUGCCACCACGCCCCCCAACCCCUCGCCUGGCCAGCGGGAUGGCAGGUUCAACUUCCCAGCUGCCUACUUCAUUCAUCAUAGACAGCAGUUUAUCUUCCCAGACAUUUCGGCAUUUCCACAGGCAGCGCCGUUCACCGAUGGAGCGGACAGUUCCCGGUUCGACGACCAGCCAAAAGCAGAUGUGUCGGAAGAUCGUGAAGUGGAGGCCGAGGAGCCUGAAGCCGGCAAGUCAGAGGGCGAAGACGACGAGGACGAGGUGGACGACCUGCCGACCUCCCGCCGGCUAUGGCGGGGCCCCAUCUCGCGCAAGGCCAGCCAGACCAGCGUGUACCUGCAGGAGUGGGACAUCCCCUUCGAGCAGGUGGAGCUAGGCGAGCCCAUCGGGCAGGGCCGCUGGGGCCGGGUGCACCGUGGCCGCUGGCACGGCGAGGUGGCCAUCCGCCUGCUGGAGAUGGACGGCCACAACCAGGACCACCUGAAGCUGUUCAAGAAGGAGGUGAUGAACUACCGGCAGACGCGGCACGAGAACGUGGUGCUCUUCAUGGGGGCCUGCAUGAACCCGCCCCACCUGGCCAUCAUCACCAGCUUCUGCAAGGGACGGACGUUGCACUCGUUCGUGAGGGACCCCAAGACAUCUCUGGACAUCAACAAGACCAGGCAGAUCGCCCAGGAGAUCAUUAAGGGCAUGGGGUACCUCCACGCCAAGGGCAUCGUGCACAAAGAUCUGAAAUCCAAGAAUGUCUUCUACGACAACGGCAAAGUGGUCAUCACAGACUUCGGGCUGUUCGGGAUCUCGGGCGUUGUACGAGAGGGACGGCGUGAGAACCAGCUGAAGCUGUCACAUGACUGGCUGUGCUACCUGGCCCCCGAGAUCGUGCGGGAGAUGACCCCCGGGAAGGACGAGGACCAGCUGCCCUUCUCCAAAGCUGCUGACGUCUAUGCAUUCGGGACUGUUUGGUAUGAGCUGCAAGCCAGAGACUGGCCCUUGAAGAACCAAGCUGCAGAGGCCCUGAUCUGGCAGAUUGGAAGCGGAGAGGGCAUGAAGCGUGUCCUGGCCUCCGUCAGCCUGGGGAAGGAAGUCACCGAGAUCCUGUCCGCCUGCUGGGCCUUCGACCUGCAGGAGCGGCCCAGCUUCCCCCUGCUGAUGGACAUGCUGGAGAAGCUGCCCAAACUGAACCGGCGGCUCUCGCACCCUGGGCACUUCUGGAAGUCUGCUGAGCGCUGGCGGAGCCGCUACUACGGGAAAGGACGUUCCGGUCACCCUGACUUUAGGAACAACUGUCCAGUCCUGGAGGAAUACAUUAACAGCAGCAAAGUUGUACCCCGGUUUGAAAGGUUUGGCUUGGGCAUCCUGGAGUCCAGUAAUCCAAAGAUGUAGCCAGCCGUGCAGUUUUUCUGACAACGUAUUUCUUUCUUAAAUGUGUCUCUAAAACAUCCAAACCACCACCACGACAAAAAAAAAAAAACAAAAAAAACAAUGCUCUUCAAAAUGCCAGCCACCCUCCUAAGUGCCGCAAGCCAAGAGCACGAGGCCUUGGUUUAGACUGUUCAUCUGCAAAAACACUUGGGUCCUGGAGAUGGAGCCGCACCUGCUGUUUCUUAAAAUGACAUCACCAACAACCAGACCUGUCCUGACAGGCGGCAAAUGUUUACAUGUAUGUUCCUGCGGAGUUGGACUCGAGGUUGUACAAUAGGUAAUAAUAAAAAAACUGGUCUGUGUAGAGGUUACUGGCACGUGGGCAGGGAUGGCAGAAGUGGUCCUCCCUUCUGGAGGAGACUGUAGGAGUGAGGUGCCCACACUGGGCCAGAGGAAGAAAAGCAUGGUAAUUGUGGCUGGUCUCCUGGCAGGACGGGUGGGGGUUGGGGGGGUGGCAACCACAGGGUUUGACCAGGCUUCUACUUUGGCCCUAAAUCCCAUCACCCCUCAUCCUAUCAAAGAGGUGUGGUCUCUUCCUCCUUUUGCAGGUGAGACCCUGACUGGGAGCUGAGCUGGAUUAAGAGGGUCAGAGGUUUGCAGAGAGCUUGGGUUCAUCUUUGACUCCUGUAAUCCAGUCCAUAUCUGCUGGAAAAGUAUAGACAGAUCGAAUCCAGAUAACAUCUGGAUGGAUCCAGUGGUUCCUAGCCAGGGUCUCCACUGCCUAUGGAGGUGUUUCUUUCAUAAAUCCCCCAGCGGGGCACCUGGGAGAUGGGAUGAAAGGCUUUAGCUGUUUAGAUACAUCCCAGUCCUUAACUAACAUUUGAUCCCAGCGCUCAGGCCCAGCCCAGCAGUUUCGUACACUGUGAAAGCUUAUCCAUGAAAAUGGGGAAGGUAGAAGACAGGGGAAGAGGCAGGCGGGGUCUCUGAGCCCACUCUCCCAGUCACAGGGUGCCCUGGCCCUUUAGAGGCCCAUCAUCCAUCUUGCCACGGUUCUGUAACUGCCCACCCCUGAGUCUUGUUGAAACCCCUUAGCCUGCUCCUGACUCCUCUGCUGCCCAUGUUCGGAGCUCUUAGAUAAGGUGGCAGGUGUGUGCCCUGCCUUUCAUUUAGACCCAGCUAACAAGCCCCUCACCUUCAGAGUCUUCCCAAGCACCAAGGCAGGCCUCCUACUUGUGUCUGUUUGAACCAGGUUUGGGAAAGUCCAGAAUAUGAGAGGGUCCUGCCUGUCCUCAUUAGAAGCUGACUCCUAAAGAGGAAAGUUCCAAAUGGCAGAAAAGCCCUUCAGUGAAGGUUAGGGCGUAUCUAGCUCCAAAGCUGGAAAUAACCCAGGGUGACGAAAGUGGAGAGGAGAUUGUCUUCAGACCCCCAACCCAUGUCCACAUUUGGAGCCAAGACGAGAAGGCACGUGGCCCUCCUACCGGGUUCAUGUACACCUGUCUAACCAGGCUCCGAACCUGGAGUUUGGCCAAAUCGUCCUGUGAAAUGGGCUGCUUGGCCUGGAGACUGCGGGGUGACCUUCCUGGCUCUGGGCUGAGCAUCCCUUGGCGGCCCUGCUGGGAGGGCACAGCCAAACAGCUGUGCUGGGUACCCGGGCCUCUGGGCCAACAGCACCUUAACCCUACCUGCUGGGGGUGUGGGGAGGAAGAUGGAGAAGCUGUAAACCAGCUAGACUCUGCUCUGGGGGUCCUUUUUCCCCUGUGGGACGCUUGGCUUCUCCCCAUCAUCCCUUUGACCUCCAGGUCAGCCUCUCCCCUGAUCUCCUGACUCCACGUGGUAUGUGACUCCACCUCCUCUGGUCAUCAGGCUCCUCCACACCGGCUCCUUCCCAGAGGUCACAGUUCAUGCCUCUCACGUUUCCCCUCUGAACCCUUGGAUGAGCAGGUGGCCUGAGAGGUGGGACAGCAGCUGAGUAAAUGGGACUCACCUCACGGCCCACGGACAGUCAGCCUGGGUUUUUUUACCUUGGAGGGUGUCACACUCUUGGGUCAGUUCAGAAAGCUUUCUUUGAGUGUCUACUGUGUGCAAGUUCUGGGGGCCCAGGAGGGGAGCAGUCUCAGUGCCCGCGUUUAGGAAACAUGAUCUGCCAGGAACCCGGAGGGUGGGCCUGGGGGCCAUCCCCCUUCCUCUCCCGGGCCCUGGGAUGCCUUCUUGCUCUCAGCCUGAGCCUCUGCCCUGCCUGUCAUUGAAGAGAAGCAGCUGAGGAGCUCCCCAGGUGGUCCCCAUCACCCUGUCUCUAUUGAAGUGACUGUGAAUUGAGGUUAGGAAGACACGCCUGCCCUUCCAUGUGCUCCCCCCAUCUGCCUUGGAAACACAUGAAGGACAGCAGAUACUGUGAAUUCAGCCCUCACAGCCAACUGUGAAAGGGAUGGAGAAGCUGGGAGGCCUCCUGGACAAGAUCUCGGGGGCUGCAGAGGUCCCCUGGGGUCUGAGAAUGGAGCCCAAGUUUCAACCUUCAGCCCGCCCCCCCACCACCUCUCUCCACUUCCCAGCCUCACCUCCAAACCCCUGGGAUCUGUUCCUGAUGCCUUUAAACACCAGAGCCACAACCCUUGGUCCCCAUCCAACCCGAGGUCUUGAAUCCUGAGUUCCCCACCAGUUGUGAGUGGCGUGUAGCCAAGAUGACAUCUCCAUACCAACCACCAAAUCAAAGACGCGUACAGGGCCUGGAAUCCCUCUGCCCUCCACGGAAUUUCUUCCUGUGAUCACUGAGGGACGUGGCGUGUCCUGUAAGCCCUUGGUGGGGGUAGUGGGGGUUGUCUGUGUUGCUUUCGGGCCCGGGUGGAGACAUAAAUGUGAAGCUGGUUAGGGAGCUUGUGUGAUGCUGCAGUGUCAGCCAGGAUUUCAUCUGUGUGUGCAAACCCAACAUCUUCUGUGGCCACGAGGCACACACUUGCUUUUUUGAAUGUGAUGUAAAAUUUGUAUAUUAAAAGUUUUUAUAUUUUCUAUCAACUGCAUUUGUCUUCCAGAAAUGCUAUUAAUUUAAAUUAAAAUGGUUAGUAUUAACGGACGUACGCUAUCAGUUUUUGUGGGUUUCUUUUUUUUUUUUUUUGCCAUUGGCAAGAACACUGUGCCAGGCCCAGCCUGGGUGUCUAGAGUCUGUGAAUAAAAUUGUACCAAGUUGUCUGGG